GAAAUUAAUGUCAUGAACCAGUUAAACCAUGUGAACCUGAUCCAGUUAUAUGACGCCUUCGACUGCAAAAAUGACUUGACCUUGAUCAUGGAAUAUUUGGACGGUGGAGAAUUAUUUGACCGGAUCACAGAUGAGAACUACCAUCUGACAGAACUGGAUGCCAUAAUGUUCACCAAACAGAUCUGCGAAGGGAUUUAUUACUUGCACCAGCAGUACAUACUCCACCUAGACCUGAAGCCUGAAAAUAUUUUGUGCGUCAGUCGAACUGGAAACCAAAUCAAGAUUAUUGAUUUCGGACUAGCAAGAAGGUACAAGCCAAGAGAGAAGCUGAAGGUGAACUUUGGAACACCAGAGUUUUUGGCCCCGGAAGUGGUGAAUUACGACUUUGUGUCCUUCCCAACCGAUAUGUGGAGUGUGGGGGUCAUUACCUACAUGCUGCUCAGCGGUCUAUCUCCAUUUCUGGGAGAAAGUGACGCAGAGACCAUGAACUACAUUGUCAACUGCAACUGGGAUUUUGACUCGGAGGCAUUCGAUCAGGUGUCCGAAGAAGCCAAGGACUUCAUCUCAGGACUUUUGCUCAAAGAAAAGAGCUGUAGACUGAGCGCCGGACAAUGCCUAAAGCAUGAGUGGCUUACGAAUUUGCCCCUAAAAGCC